GUGAGUUUAGGCUAGUUCUCCGGUUAGACUUCAAUGAUUCCGGAGUUCCAGAUAGGUUUUACAGGUGUUAUAAUCGGAUAUAUUUGACUUUUCUUAACAUGGCUCUGACGCUACGCGUUUGCUCGAUUCUUCUGCGUUCUUGCUCGUCCAACAGCAAGUCAGUUGUAAGUGGACUUUCAUCUGUUCGGUUUAGAAGUUCCUGUCCAGUUCUCAUCAGCCAUCUGGACCACCUGGUGCUAACAGUACGGGACCUGAACAAAACGACUCAUUUUUACUCCAAGGUUUUAGGCAUGGAGGUCGUCACCUUUAAGGGUGACCGUAAAGCUUUGAGUUUUGGAGAGCAAAAAAUUAACCUGCAUCAGGUUGGGAAGGAGUUCGAGCCUAAAGCACAAACACCAACACCAGGAUCUGCUGACUUAUGCCUUAUUACCAAAACCCCCCUGAAAGCUGUUGCUGAUCAUCUCAAGGCUUGUGGAGUGACAAUAGAGGAGGGUCCGGUUGACAGGACUGGCGCUGUGGGUCCCAUCAGUUCCCUCUAUUUUCGUGACCCUGAUGACAACUUGAUUGAAGUGUCCAAUUACCAGCAAUAGACAGUAGGAGGAGCUCUAUCAUCAGCUAUGAAUCUACUCUCUGUAUAGCAGGAGUCUUGUCAUACUGCACACGAUUUAACAUUGUAAUAAUGUUGUGGGGUCAAAUCACCAUUUUUGCGAACUGUAAUUCCGUUUUGGAGAUGUUAAUAUGUUAUGACAUGCUAUGAUUUUUUGUUAGAAAAAGUAUAUUAGAAAAGUUGUCAAAGUCUGUUUUUCCUCUUAAUGACAAUAAAAACAUUGCUCAUC